ACUUAGCCAACUUGGUCCCCUUUGGCUGCAUUUUACACUUUCUAAUAUCUCAAAGUAAACUCUCAAGUCUCUGCAAAACCAUGAUUCCAAAAAUGGUGAUUCUGCUUUUCAUCAUCUUCUUCCAUGGUUCUAUGACCAUGGCGUCGGAUCCUGAUCCGAUAUUCGACUUCUGCUUGCCGAGCGGGACGCCGUCGUGCAAGAACUCUUCUCAAGCUAAUGUAGAAGACUUUGUUUUCUAUGGUAUAAAGUUUCCUGGAAAGUUUAACAGAUCUGGUUUCUCAUCCACACCGGUUAAUGCAGACGUCUUUCCGGGUCUAAACACGCUCGGAAUCUCUAUGGUUCGGGCGGAUUUCGACGUUGGAGGUGUCAAUGUUCCACAUUUUCAUCCUAGAGCAACUGAAGUUGCUGUUGUUCUUGAAGGGAAGAUAUAUUCUGGAUUUGUUGAUACCAAUAGCCAGAUUUUUGCUAAGGUGAUUGAGAAAGGUGAGGUCAUGGUGUUUCCAAGAGGCUUAGUUCACUUCCAAAUGAAUGUUGGAGAAACUCCAGCAACAAUUUUGGGGAGUUUUGACAGCCAAAAUCCUGGACUGAUGAAAAUUCCAGCUGCUGUUUUUGGAUCUGGGAUCAAAGAAGAGCUAUUGGAGAAGGCGUUCGGGUUGAGUCCCGAGGAGCUCGCUAAGCUGAAAAAGAGGCAUGCUCCCCGUAGACCGAACUAGACCUUUCGGGCAUAUUUGGGUAGCGAUUUUAUAUCAUUGUAAAAGAUCAGAGUAUGCACUAAAAUUAUUUCUAUUUAAAAAAAUAAUACAAUGAUAUACAAGUGAUUUUAGAAUAUGACAAACGUGAUUUUGACGAUACCAAAAUCAUUCUCAAACAUACUAUUUAAGAUUGUUAUUUGCUUUGCACGAGUAUGAUACAAAUAUAAGUGUAAAUUGAUGUAUUGUCAGGUCGAAAAAGCUCGAACAUGUCUUCUUUGUGUCGAUGUCACUAUUUAUAUUGAAACGUUUGGAAUUCUGUUAUUUAUGGCAAUGAUCAUCUUGUACUA